UCACCGUCGUAUCUCUGCUUCUAAUUGGUUACAAACCCCGAUUUUGGAUUGGCUGACGUUAUGCGCUCUCGGAUUAUCAAUUCGAUUCAUUUUAUGUUGUAUAAACCCCGUCAGACUGACAGAGUACUGAAUAUAUUGUUAGUGAAUAUUGCCAAUCUUCAGAGAGCUGCUCAUGAAAAGGAGCUCUCACUCUGUCAGGAAACCCCAUCACCAAAACGAGAAAUUAGCUUAUUAGAGAAGACGUGGUGGGAGGACCGCUUCCUAUUUCUUCAUCACUGCUUCCUAAAACACGGUGUGCUUAUUUCAGUGUUUUCUCUGUCCCACACGUGUUACUUGGGUGAACAGGAAUUCGGCGUUUUAGAUUUUGAUGGUCGAGGUGAGCUUCGAAGUGACGCCUUUUUCACCACGCGGACGAUCUCCGCGGGUCCCGCCGUUUCACGUGACGCGGAACGCACUUCCAUGUCACGUCAUCACGCACGGACCCGACGUCAUUGAAUUGAAUUCGAGCCUGUAUGGCAGUCGGCGGUCCGAAGUGAAGGCGACUCUGACUUACCUCGGUGAAGCAGCGACGGAGCAGAGUAAGCAUUCCAUAACUCCGAGAACGACUGCAUCAUGACUCCCGGCAGCGAGGCGGAGCAGGGGCCUCUCGUCCUGGAGCGGGUGGAGAAGGAACCGCCCCGAGGCUGGCGGUCCGCCGCGUCCAGCCGCCUGAGGAAACACUGCUCGUGCACCUCGCAGAAGGCUAAAUCCCAAAUACUGGGCUUCGUCCCCAUCCUGAAAUGGCUGCCCCGCUACCAGCUCCGGGAGUGGCUGCUGGGCGACGCCAUGUCGGGGUUGAUCGUGGGGAUCCUAUUGGUCCCUCAGUCCAUCGCCUACUCCCUGUUGGCCAGUCAGGACCCCAUAUACGGUCUGUACACGUCUUUCUUCAGCUCCAUCAUCUAUGCGAUCUUCGGCACCUCCCGACACAUCUCGGCGGGGAUAUUCGGGGUGCUCUGCCUGCUUGUGGGUCAGGUUGUGGAUCGGGAACUGGCUCUGGCGGGAUACCUCCCGGAAGGCGGCGGCGGCGGCGGUAACGGCAGCGCCCUCCUGCCGGCCGGUUUGGGCAACGGCACCGCCGCGGUGGUAUGUGACAAGAGCUGCUACGCCAUCACCGUGGGAGCCACGGUUACCUUCACUGCCGGCGUGUACCAGGUGCUGAUGGGCAUCUUCCAGGUGGGCUUCGUCUCGGUCUACCUCUCGGACUCCCUCCUCAGUGGCUUCGCCACGGGAGCCUCCCUGACCAUCUUCACCUCCCAGGUCAAAUACCUUCUGGGCCUGAAGCUCCCCAGGCCUCAGGGCUGGUUCGUCCUGUUUAAGACCUGGCGCAGCUUGUUCGUCAACCUGGGGAACACCAACGUCUGCGACCUGGUGACCAGCCUGGUGUGUUUGGCAGUGCUGAUUCCCGUCAAGGAGCUCAACAAUCGCUUCAAAGCCAAGCUAAAGGCUCCAAUUCCCUUCGAGCUCUUCGUGGUCAUAAUCGCAACGCUGGCCUCUCACUUCGGAAACUUCAACACGGACUUUGGGUCGGACGUGUCCGGCGUCAUCCCCACGGGCUUCCUCCCCCCCCAGCUGCCGAUGUGGUCCCUGAUCCCAAACGUGGCCGUCGACGCCUUCUCCAUCGCCAUCGUGGGCUUCGCCAUCACCGUCUCGCUGUCGGAGAUGUUCGCCAAGAAGCACGGCUACGCGGUGGACGCCAACCAGGAGAUGUACGCCAUCGGCCUCUGCAACAUCCUGCCGUCGUUCUUCCGCUGCUUCGUCAGCAGCGCCGCGCUGACCAAGACGCUGGUCAAGGAGUCCACGGGGUGCCAGACCCAGGUCUCCGGGCUGAUCAGCGCCCUCGUCCUGCUGCUGGUGCUGCUGGUCAUCGCACCGCUUUUUUAUUCCCUUCAAAAGUGCGUUCUAGCCGUCAUCAUCCUGGUUAACCUCCGCGGAGCUCUGCAGAAGUUCCUGCACGUUCCCGCCAUGUGGCGCGUCAACCGCGUCGACGCCUCCAUCUGGCUGAUCACCAUGGCGACCUCGGCGCUGGUCAACACGGAGCUGGGUCUGCUGGUGGGCGUCCUGGUGUCUGCCCUCUGCGUCCUGGGGCGAACUCAGCAGGCCCGGGUCCUGGAGCUGGGCCGGGCUCCGACCCGGGAGCACUACGAGGACGCGUCCUCGUACCGUGGCCUCCGGACGCACCCCGACGUGGCCGUUUUCGGAUUCGGGGCCCCCAUCUACUACGCCAACCAGAGCAUGUUCAGGAAGUCUCUCUACAAGCGAGUCGGGCUGGAUCCCGUGAAGGAGAAGACCCGGCUGGUGAAGUUUAAGAAGAGCAAACCGCAGCAGCGGGAGCAGGUUGGCGGAGUCCCAAAUGAGAAAUCGGGAGAGGCGGAGGUCGCUGGUAAAAAGCACGAAGAGGUGGAGGCCGCAGGAAGCGUCACCUUGGUGCUGGGCCGUGAGCCCCGCCUCUUCCGCAGCCUGGUGAUUGACUGCAGCGCCGUGUUGUUCCUGGACACCGCCGGAGUGAUCGCUCUGAAAGAGGUGCGCAAAGAUUACGCAGAACUCGGGGUGACGGUGGUUCUGGCUCAGUGCAGCGCCUCCGUGCUGGACUCCCUAGAGAGGGGGGGGUUCUACCCCGUCAACGGAGGAGAGAACCAGAUCGUGUUCUUCACCAUCGCGGACGCCGUCCACCACGUUCGGAGCCUCGGCGCUCCGAACGGAGGUCACUGCAGCGAAUAAGAGAUGUGUUUAUCCAAAUCUGUUUACAACUAUGCAGCUGAAACGUGGACUUUUGUGCCUUGCAAUGCUGAGGUGGAUCCUUAAGUGAGUCCAUCAAGGCAAAGAUUUAUUUCACGGUUUCAGAAUUAUUUUAAAAGCAUCUGAAGUCGUCAUCAUUGUGGAAAAGAAGCCAAAGAACAUAGCACUCUUCUUAAACCCAAAGGUUUUGGAAACGUAUAUUUAUAUACAUAUAUAUUCAUACACAUAUAUAUCUAUCUAAUAUAUA